CCCCGCGCGCGCUCGCCGGGGCCGCGGAGAGGAGCGCGCGGCCGCGCCGAGCCGAGCGGAGCCGAGCCGAGCCGGGGGCGCCGAGCGCGGGAGGCGGCGGCGGGGGCGCGGAGCCCAGUUAAGAGAUGGCAGUUGCAGAGAUAAAAAUGCUUAUUUCAACCUGGAGAGGAGAAAGGAUGGUCCUGCAAGGAGAUGCCCCCUUACCCCUCUCCUGGGCCGUGGUCUGGGCAUAAGGGGCAUGAGGUAGGUGGCGCUCGCUGCUGCCGGAUGGGAGUGCCCGGGCCCACGCACCAUGUCAUCAUGCGUCUCUAGCCAGCCCAGCAGCGACCCGGCCGCCCUCCAGGAUGAGCUGGGGGGUGGCAGCGGCAGUGAAGGCCAGAAGCCCUGUGAGGCCCUGCAGGGCCUCUCGUCCCUGAGCAUCCGCCUGGGCAUGGAGUCCUUCAUCGUGGUCACCGAGUGUGAGCCGGGCUGCGCGGUGGACCGCGGCCUGAGCCGGGACCGGCCCCUGGAGGCUGAGGGCUGCAAGGUGCCCCUCGACGCCUCUGCCUCCGGGUCUCAGGCCCGGCCCCAGCUGUGCAGUCGCAAGCUCUCCUUGCAGGAGCGGUCCCAGCUGGACGCGAACGGCCGCUGCGUCCACCCGGUCCUGCCCCACUCGCCUGUGGGCUCCCCGCAGUCCUCGCCGCGGCUGCCCCGGCGGCCCACGGUGGAGUCCCACCAUGUCUCCAUCACCGGCAUGCAGGAUUGUGUACAGCUGAAUCAGUACACGCUAAAGGAUGAAAUUGGAAAGGGCUCCUAUGGUGUGGUCAAGUUGGCCUACAAUGAAAAUGACAAUACCUAUUAUGCAAUGAAAGUGCUGUCCAAAAAGAAGCUGAUCCGACAGGCGGGCUUUCCACGUCGUCCCCCGCCCCGAGGCACCCGGCUGGCUCCUGGAGGCUGCAUCCAGCCUAGGGGCCCCAUUGAGCAGGUGUACCAGGAAAUCGCCAUCCUCAAGAAGCUAGACCAUCCCAAUGUGGUGAAGCUGGUGGAGGUCCUGGAUGACCCCAAUGAGGACCAUCUGUACAUGGUGUUUGAGCUGGUCAACCAAGGGCCGGUGAUGGAAGUGCCCACUCUCAAACCACUCUCUGAAGACCAGGCCCGUUUCUACUUCCAGGACCUGAUAAAAGGCAUAGAGUACCUCCACUACCAGAAGAUCAUCCACCGGGACAUCAAACCUUCCAACCUGCUGGUGGGAGAAGAUGGACACAUCAAGAUUGCCGACUUUGGUGUGAGCAAUGAGUUCAAGGGCAGCGAUGCCCUUCUUUCUAACACCGUGGGCACACCUGCCUUCAUGGCACCCGAGUCGCUCUCGGAGACACGGAAGAUUUUCUCUGGGAAGGCUUUGGAUGUUUGGGCCAUGGGUGUGACGCUGUACUGCUUUGUGUUUGGCCAGUGCCCGUUCAUGGACGAGCGGAUUAUGUGUUUACAUAGUAAGAUCAAGAGUCAGGCCCUGGAAUUUCCAGAUCAGCCCGACAUAGCUGAGGACUUGAAAGAUCUGAUCACCCGCAUGUUGGACAAGAACCCAGAAUCAAGGAUUGUGGUGCCAGAAAUCAAGCUGCACCCCUGGGUCACGAGGCACGGGGCGGAGCCGUUGCCAUCGGAGGACGAGAACUGCACGCUGGUCGAGGUGACCGAAGAGGAGGUCGAGAAUUCGGUCAAACACAUUCCCAGCCUGGCGACCGUGAUCCUGGUGAAGACCAUGAUACGGAAACGCUCUUUUGGGAACCCAUUUGAGGGCAGCCGGCGGGAGGAGCGCUCAUUGUCAGCCCCUGGAAACUUGCUCACCAAAAAACCAACCAGGGAGUGUGAGCCCCUGUCUGAGCCCAAGGAAGCAAGGCAGCGAAGACAGCCUCCAGGGCCCCGACCCGGCCCCCGUGGGGGAGGAGGAAGUGCUCUUGUGAAAGGCGGUCCCUGCACCGAGAGUUGGGGGGCCCCGGCCCCCGGCCCCCGCGCUCGCAUGCAUCCUCUGCGGCCCGACGAGGCGAUGGAGUAGCUGCCCGGACACCCGACCUCGCAUGCAGGCUGCACCCUGCGUUUCCAUAGCAGCAUGUCCUACGGAAACCCAGCACGUGUGUAGAGCCUUGACCGUCAUCUCUGGUGUUUUUGUGUUUUAUUUUGUUUUGUUCCGUUUUGUUUUAUUCCUUUGUUGUUUUAAAGGGGACCAAAAAAAAAAAGACUUGACUCCAUGACAUCGACCUUGGCCACUGGCUGGCUGAACAGGCAGGUGUGAGGAGUUGCAGACCCAAAGCCACUUGCAUUUUGGGACGAUUGCUUUUUAAAACGUUUUUAUGCCAAAAAUCCUUCAUUGUGAACUCAGAACCAUGUCAGAUAUACUAAGGUGAAUGUGUGUGGGGUUCGAAAACCAUGAAAAACUGGCAGAAAACUCUGGCGGUGUGGGCUGAGACCACAGAGUUAGUUGCUGCGUUUGAAAGGGAGAAGAAGAGGGAGUGUGACUCCCCUGCAAACCUCGAAAGCCCCAAACUCCAAGCUGUGGCACCUUCCAGGACGGUGGACUCACAGAGUCAGGGUAGGGCUAGCCUUCAGUAGCUGCAGGGAGCUUUGGUGCACCUUAUUUGUAAGAAGGACUUAAAUUUUUUUUAAUGGGUAAAGUUGCAGUCAGGAAAAGGGAAAGGGCUUGAAGCUCAUUAAUUGCUUUUCAAAGGGGAUUUUCCAUCCCUCAAAGGGUGUUCCGUGUGGUUGGGCAGGGAGCAGUUUCACCUAAAGGAGUGAUAGCCACUCACAGCAGGUUUCUGAAACAUUAACUGAGCUCUAGUAAAUCUCUUGUUCAAUGACAAAAACUUCAGGGUGAAAUCCUACACUUCCAUGUACAUUACAUGACUUAAGAGUAAACAAAAUAUUUUCAAUUCUCUAGACUGAAGUCUAGAGUAGUUCAGAGGUCAUUUAGAGCUUCCAGGAUACGUUCCCCAGCUUUAGGCAUGUGAUCAGAGUUAGAGCCCAUGAAACCUGUGCCUGUAUAUUAGCAGCUUGGCUUGUUUAUAACCUCCGUAUUCUAGAGACUGCCAAGGUUUUGUUUUCUCAAAUAUUAGCUGAUUGUUGUGGUUAGUGAAACAGUUUCUGGAGGGCCAGUGAGGAAAUACUCUGAUGCGACAGAGACACAAAUGCUCAUCCUUACGGGUAAAGCCCUAUUGGGAUCUACACAGUCACUUUGGGGCACCCUUUUAGAGAAGGUGGUUGAAACCUAGAGCAGUCCUCAGGGCCCAGGAGAACCAGGGCUUGGCACAGGGAGUUCUGUUUUGUAAGCCAAAGGUCCAGACAGAAAAGGCUUUACCUUUUUGGGUUCCAUCUCAGACAUGGAAGUUUCAUUGAAGUUAAGUGUGACUUCUUUCCGGAGCCACAGAUGGCUGAGCCAAGUUCAAGGGGGAGGAGAACAGGAAGGCCUCUGCCCUGGGAGAUUCCCAGUGCUUUGCGGACUCCGGCUUGGGGGAAAUGGUGUCGGUAACUGGCCUCGGAGGACAUGCUUGCCUGUAGUUUCUGAUCAUCAUUGGCAGGAGGAUCUUCUGCAGAGAGACAGCAGAGCAAGACCUCGUGCCCCCGCCACCCAGAGCAUUCACAGAACCUGGGUGUUCCUGGCUUCCACAGAUCUUUGUAAGCUCUUGACUGUCAUUUAGCUCAACUUUUUUUGCUAUUUUAUAAACAGUAUAGAAAUAGGGGAUGCUGGUUUCCAAGAGCAAAGGACAGCCGUCAAGAUGGAGGGUUGUCUGGCCUGCUUUCUUUUUGUGACCUGGUACUUCCUCUUGCAUUCUGCGCUUGUUUAUAUUUAUGGGCACCACCCCUUCUGGGAGCAGCUGGGGUCUGGUUAGUUUGCAAUAAGCACCUUGCAGUAGUUAGAGUCCUUAGUCCCCGCCUGUCUGUGUGGACUCUGGUCUGGCCGAGUGGCUCACCCAGGGCGGGCUGGCAGCAUGCGGAGCUUCUGCAGAAAUCCUGUUUACACAGUUGCAUCGGGUAAGAACAUUUCUUCUGCCACAGAACUCCCCACUUAAGGUUUCCUGUGUGGAAUGUCGGCUGUUUAGGUGGGUGGGUUCAUAACUUUUUUUCAAAGAAACACCAAAGAAAGCUGUGUGAAGGAAGCUCCACCCCCAAAAAAGGAUAAGCAGAGGGCUGUACCAUCAUGCGGUAGAGUUACCAUUUUCCUGGAGCACAAACGUUGGCUUUUGAGAAGCUGGCUCUGUCAGGAAGGGGGAGAAGCCAUCAUGGGCAGCUUUCCCAGGUGAGCAAAAGGGGUGCCCUGGCAGUUUCUUCCAUUGUUGGCUCAUCUGUGGGACCAACUUGGUGUAAGCAACUGGGGCUUGCACAGGUUCUUGCCCCAACAUCCUCUGUCCUGCUCCACUUCUACCAUCUCUUCCACAGCCCUACCAGGGGCUCCGAGAAAGCCUUAGCUAGCCCCUUGACGGCCCUGGGGGCUGGAGAGGCUGUCUCCCCAGUGGUCUGGCUUUCCUGUGAGUUAGGGCUCCCACCCUUUCUGGAACAAAGAGGCAAACACCUGAGCAUUGAAGUGGGCUCAACCUGUUGCUCUCACUCAUCUUCCAAAGGAGAGCUUUGUGUUGCUGGGGGGAAGAACUAUGACCUCCACUUGUUUCCAAGGUGCUAGAGAAGGUUUCAAGGUCGUCAGUUCCCAUCCUCUUUGCAGCUUUAUGGGCCGAGUUUCGCAGAACUGCUAACUUUUCUAUUCUGUGUCUGAUUUAAUGCCCGAUGCUUCUGUUUUAUUCCUGAUCCUUUCUACUAUGCAUUUUCCUUUUAUCAGGUGUACAAAGUUAAAUACUGUGUAUUUAUCACUUAAAAGUACAUGAAUUUAAGAGAAAAAUAAGCCUUUGGUGUUUUUCCACAGAUGUUUAAGCUUCUCUGUAAACUUGAAAUAAACAGCAAAAUGGUGCAAA